AUGUCUGGUGCCAGACUGUUGCGGUUCAUACAGAGCCUCUCUCGUAGAAAGCCCCUGGAGCCAGAGGGGGAGGUGUCCAACUUCAAACGAUGUCUGACGACCCUUGACCUGGUGGCUCUGGGAGUUGGCAGCACACUGGGGGCUGGUGUGUAUGUGCUGUCAGGAGAGGUGGCCAGAGCGGUGGCUGGGCCAAGCAUCAUCAUCUCUUUUCUUGUGGCAGCAAUAGCCUCAAUCUUUGCAGGGUUAUGCUAUGCUGAGUUUGGUGCUCGGGUGCCCAAGACUGGUUCUGCCUACCUCUACAGCUAUGUAACAGUGGGGGAGAUAUGGGCCUUCAUCACUGGCUGGAACCUGUUGCUGUCAUACAUCAUAGGAACAUCAAGUGUAGCCAGGGCGUGGAGCGGGAACUUUGAUGACCUCAUUGGAAAUGCCAUUACCAACUCUUUGGGAAAACAUGCAGCCAUGGAUUUGCCAGGCCUUGCUUCCUACCCAGAUCUCUUUGCGGCUGCUCUCAUCAUGCUGUUGGCAGGGGUGCUUGCGUUUGGCGUUAAAGAGUCUGCUGUUGUGAAUAAGGUUUUUACAGCCGUUAACACAGUGGUGUUGUUCUUUGUUGUCAUCGCUGGCUUCAUCAAAGGUGACAUUCAAAACUGGUGUAUUAGUGAAGGUGGUUUCUUCCCCUUUGGCGUUGAGGGAACAUUAGCUGGAGCUGCAACCUGUUUUUACGCCUUUGUCGGUUUUGAUUGCAUUGCAACAACGGGGGAGGAGGUGCAGAACCCUCAGAAGUCAAUCCCUCUGGGCAUCGUAGUGUCCCUGCUGAUAUGCUUCCUGGCGUACUUUGGUGUCUCGGCAGCUCUGACACUAAUGAUGCCAUACUACUUGCUCAACGUCCACAGCCCAUUGCCAGUAGCCUUCACAUACAUCGGCUGGGGCCCUGCCAAGUAUGCUGUGGCUGUUGGCUCCCUCUGUGCCCUUUCAACAAGUCUUCUAGGAUCAAUGUUUCCCAUGCCCCGGGUGCUCUUUGCGAUGGCCAGGGACGGGCUGCUCUUCAAGCCACUCAGUAAAAUGAGUUCUCAACAAAGUCCUGUGGUGGCAACUCUAUCUUCAGGUGCUGUGGCAGCAAUCAUGGCCUUGUUAUUUGACCUGAAGGCACUCGUUAACAUGAUGUCAAUUGGAACGCUCUUUGCCUACACUCUUGUAGCGAUAUGUAUUCUUAUAUUAAGGUACCAACCAAAUCUCAGUGAAGACUCCGGUGGGAAUGAUUCAUCUAAAUCUUUUUCCAUGAUGGAGGCUCUAAAUCCUCCAUCUCAGGCCACAGCUCAAACCUCUAAAAAUGUAUCAAUUUUCACAGUCUUUGUCAUCCUUUUAGCAAUUAUUCUAAGCGUUGUCCUGACCAAGGCAGUGAACUCCCUGAUGAACCAGGAGCUGUGGACUAUUUUAAUAGUCUCUGCAAUCCUUUCCAUGCUGUUCCUCACUGUUUUCAUCAUUUGGAGACAACCUCAGAAUACAACAAAAGCUGCUUUCAUGGUUCCUUUUAUACCAGCGCUUCCUAUAAUGAGUGCAUUUGUCAAUGUCUAUCUCAUGGUUCAGUUGGGAGGAGAAACAUGGAUUCGCUAUGCUGUUUGGAUGGCCAUGGGGUUACUGAUCUACUUCUGUUAUGGAGUUCAUCACAGUGUGCAAAAGCAAAGGAUGGAAAAUGCACACAAUCAGGUCAACAUUCAAUGCCUUAACACAAAUAUGGAACAAAACUUUGUGACGGAUGAGAAUUCCUGAGGCACUGAUAUCUGAACUGCAAUUUAAAUAAAAAAGAUUAAAAUGACAACACGGCUUUUUAUGAUGUAUAAUUAUAUAAAGGUGUUUGUAUUGAAAAGGGACAUUUUAAAACAUACUCUACUGCUAAUUACUCUUGAUACAUAUUACCUUCAGAAUUUUGUUUCAUGAACAGCUCAUGUUAUCAAGAAAUGUAUCUGUCAACCUGACACUAUUUGUGUCAUGUGGAUUGUGCCUUAUGUGAAACUAUUUGUAAUGAUUUAAAUGAUUUUCAAUUUAAUGAUCGUCAAUGAUUUUAAAAUAAACUGCACUUUCUAAACUGUCAGAAGUGGACAGUAAUAAAAGUGAACAGAUGUUUACUUAAUGUUGGCCCACUACAGAGCACUGUACAUUGAAAAAGUAUUGUAAUUUCAUAGCAAGUAUCAGUACAUAGUAUGGUCAAUGUGGUGCCCAGGGAUGGAGUUGUUAGUGCUGCUGCCUACAACAUGUGUCUGUACACCACUGCUGGUAAGGGCUCUACCAUUCCUGUCUUUUUAACUAGUUGUCCAUCCAAAUAAAUGAGAAUGUUUUUUACCUGCAU